AUGCGCUCGUGUAAAACUGCUCACCGAACGUUUGUUCACCACAUGGCGCUGGACCCAUCGGGCGUAUUGCUUGCAACAUGCUCGAGUGACAAGGAGGUUAACAUCUUUUAUCGUAAUCCAUUGGGGGUAGACUCUAGCGCGUGGGCUUUGUGCUCUAUUCUUAAGGAUCAUGUGGCUACGGUCACUCGUGUAGCAUGGUAUUUACACAGAGAGCAUGGGCCUUUGCUCGCCACUGCGGGUGCUGAUAGGUGGUUUUAUGUGUAUAAAAUUAUAGUCACGAUGCAUGGUGGGAAAGUGGCGUGCGAUGCGGUGAAAUAUUCUGUUGUUAGGGGGUUUGAAAAGGAUGUCAUUACUGAUGUGGCUUUUAUUCCUUUUGAACAGCAUCGUAUUCUCCGUUUGUCAACUGCAUCGCUGGAUGGCUGGAUACGUUUGUAUGACAUCCAACCUGUACAAUUUUUGUGCGUUAGCAAAAUCACUCAGGAGACUGAGACAGGUAGGUCGUUAGACACACGCCGGGGCGGGAUUACUUCCAUUGCUUGGUUUCCAAGUUCAGCGGAUGAAGGCAGGGCUCUUGCUGUCGGAUGCAUGAAUGGUGCCUUUUAUCUGUACCGAUCUUCAAAGGAUUGUGAACAGUUUGAGCUUGUCCGCAGCACGCUUCCAGAGAGAGCCGAGAGUUCUGUUCAUCAUAUAGUUUGGGCUCCAUGUGUUGGACGUUCCUUUCAGUUGGUUACGAUUUGUUGUCGUAGUUCGGUGUAUAUUGUGCGGCUUAAUUGUGUUUCGCCUGUCCUGGAUUCGUACGAUUGUGAAGUCUUUCGGUGGCCUCGGGGUGCGGCGUGUGCGGCGUGGAGUCGUUCAGCCUCGCUGCUGUACCUUAUCAACGAUGAUGAGACGAGUGAAAUGACAGUCCUUCAGGCAAAAGACCCGUCCGAUCAUCAAUCGUGGAUGGAAGUGCCAGGGAAUUUUUCUUGA